UCCAGUCCUCAGUAUAAAAUGACUCAAACAUCUUAGCCUGCUCGUUAAACCCGGCAAUCUCCAACAUCCAUCCGAUUAUCGAAACUCGAACUUCCGCCGGCACGUAAUGGCAGAAUACCAACCCCAAUCGGCAAAACCCGAGACGACCCAAGACCCAGCAGAUGAGCUGCUGCUGCCCAUCUUGCUCUCCGACGUAACGCUACGGCCUCUAACGCUCGACGAUGUCGAUGACAUGAUGGUGUGGGCCAGUGACGGCGAGGUUGCACGAUUCUGCAGUUGGGAACCGUACCAAUCCCAGGACGCUUUGGCCGACUACGUCAGAAACGUGGUCCUACCUCACCCAUGGAUCCGGGCAAUCUGCCUACGGGGCAGGCCGAUAGGGGCGAUAUCGGUGACUGAGAAUACGGGCGGCGACCGAUGCCGGGGGGAGCUGGGGUAUGUGCUGGCGUCCCGGUACUGGGGCAAGGGGAUCGUCACCAAGGCCGUGGAGUUGGCGGUGGCGUCAGUCUUCCGAGAGCGGCCAGAGCUGGAGAGGGUGGAGGCACUGGUGGACGUGGACAACGUGGCUUCGCAGAGGGUGCUGGCGAAGGCCGGGUUCACCCGGGAGGGCGUGCUCAGGAAGUAUUGUGUGCUCAAGGGCAGGACCCGCGACAUGGUGAUGUUCAGCCUCUUAUCCACUGAACAACUCCAACAACUGUUGCAUUGCCGUUGUGUAUUGUAAACGACAUACAUAUAGAUGUAUAUAUUUGGCAUUUCCAUAUCCUUCAAUGAAUGAUAAGAUAAAGUCAAGAUCACAUGUCUGACGUGCCAUAAACUUUUAUAAGGAGAGCGAUAUGACCGGUCGACCUCGGAUUUUUCCCGAGUUUCUCCAGUCUUUUGCGAUAUGUAAAGUGCAGCUGUGUCAGUAAUAUUAUAUGCGCCUCAGUCUCCCAGUUCUGGUCUUGAGGGGAAUGAAUGGUUCGUUAAGUACUGGCCAGACAACAUUGACAAUAUGUAAUUGCUUGAAGAUUCCACUAUCCUACAGUUACUCGAGAACAAUAAGAAUAUUAUUCUGCAUCUCA